AUGGCGCACACGCCACAGCAGGAGGCAUUCGACACCGACUCGCACGCCGGGUCGGAGAUUGACGACCUGCCGGCGACGCUCGAAAUCAGCACGGACACGUCGAGUAGAAUUACUUCAUUCGGAAAAUUCCCCGCUGACCGCGACAUAGCGCAAGAACAUACCGAGACGAAAGUCAUUGGUACUGAUCUAAGCCCCAUCCAGCCUGACCUUCUUCCUGCGAACUGUCACUUUGAGAUUGGUGAUGCUGAAGAGGAGGAUUGGGGAUUUGAUGAGCCCUUCGAUUACAUCCACGGCCGUGCGUUACUGACAUGUUCCUGGAAGACCGGCAAGGGGAUCGUACAGCGGAUAUUCGACAACCUCGAGCCCGGCGGCUACUUCGAGCUGCAAGACCCAUGCCUUCCCAUGCGGUGCGAUGACGGCAGCCUAGACGGCACCGCACUAGCAGAGUGGAACCGCUUACUUGUCGAGGGCAUGCUGCGUAUCGGCAAGGACAUCACCGACAAUCUCAACUGGGGGCGUUAUAUGCGCGAGGUGGGCUUCGUCGACGUCGUCGAGACGCAUGCCUCGUGUGCGUUCAACACCUGGCCCAAGGGCGAGCGGAACAAGCUGCUUGGCGCGAUCUCCUGCCAGAACCUGCUCGAGGGCGUCCAGUCUAUGAGCAUGGCUCUCUUCACAAGGGUGCUGGGCUGGACGCCGGAGCGACUCGCCGAGUUCCUGGUGGAUGUGAGGAGCGAUCUGAAGAACAAGCGGAUACACUCGUACUGUGGCGUGUAUUUCGUCUAUGGGCGGAAACCGCUCCAUCCGGUUGGGUAG